UUCUAUAUAUACUCACGUGCGACCCAAAACACAUGUGCGCACACACACACACAGCUCACUCGCUCACACGAAGCCACCGGAGAGAGAGAGAGCUCGAGCUCGGCAGAAAUGGCGGCGGCGGCGGCGGAGGCGGCGAGGGGGCACCCGCUGCUGAGGGGCGGGGAGAGGCGGGAGCGGUACACGCACGGGCUGGGGGCCGCGCAGAUGGAGGCGCUCCGCGCCAUCUGCGGCGCGUUCAUCCCGUCGCUGCCCGAGGCGGCGGCGGCGCUGGCGGAGGCGGACGACGAGGGCCGCGGCGGCGGCGACAAGGACCUCGAGCGGUUCUACCUCGCGUCCGCCGCCGACGCCGCCGUCCCCGACGAGGUGGCGGAGCUGAUGGUGAACCGGUGCGCGUGGGAGGCGGUGGCGCUGGUCACCGUCGUGCUCUGGCUGCUCGCCACCAGGGCCGGCACGCUCGCGCUGUGCGGCGCCGCCGCGUGCGUCGCCUCCUCCGCCGCCGGCGGGUGGCUCCCGUCCGUGCGCAGGUUCGCCGACCUGCCGCCGGAGCGGCGGGAGGCGGCGCUGAGGCGGUGGAGCUCGGCGCGGUGGCUGUUCCCGCUCAAGAUCACCUUCACCGUCAUCAAGAUCAUCUGCCACUUCGUCUUCUACACCAAGCUGGACGAGAAAUCGAGGAACCCAAGCUGGAAGGCGAUCGGGUACGCCGCGCCUGCCGCCGCCGCCGCCGCGGUGGAGCAACGCAGACCGGCGUCGCCGUCGCGGCGGCCGCUCGAGGAUGGCGUGGUGGAGACGAGGCGGAUGGACGACAACGCCCUGCUCAGGUCGCUCGUGGAGAAGGGCCUCGCCGUGAAGACGGGAACGGCCGCGCACCACACGGUGCAGUGCGACGCCGUGGUCGUCGGGUCCGGCUGCGGCGGCGGCGUGGCCGCCGCCGUGCUCGCGUCGAAGGGGUACAAGGUGGUCGUCGUCGAGAAGGGGGACUACUUCGCCACGGAGGAUUACACCUCCCUCGAGGGCCCGUCCAUGGAGCGGCUCUACGAGAAGGGCGGCGUGUUCGGCACGUCCAACGUCACGACCAUACUGUUCACCGGCGCCACGGUCGGCGGCGGCUCGGCGGUGAACUGGUCGGCGUGCAUCCGCACGCCGGCGGAGAUCAGGGAGGAGUGGUCGCGCGAGCACGGGCUGCCGGUGUUCGCGAGCACGGCGUACGCGCAGGCCAUGGACGCGGUGUGCGAUCGGAUCAGGGUGACCGGCGGGUGCGAGGAGGAGGGGUUCCAGAACAGGGUGCUCCGCCGCGGCUGCGACGCGCUCGGGAUGCGCGCCGACGCCGUGCCGCGCAACUCGUCGGAGGGGCACUUCUGCGGCAGCUGCAACCUCGGGUGCCCCACGGGGGACAAGAAGGGCACCGACACGACGUGGCUCGUCGACGCCGUCGAGCGCGGCGCGGUCAUCCUGACCGGGUGCAAGGCCGAGCACUUCAUCCUCGAGAGGAACGCCGGCGGGAGGGGCGGCCGGAGCAAGAGGUGCGUCGGCCUGAUGGCGACGUGCACGAGCAGCGGCAUCACCAAGAAGCUCCGCAUCGAGGCGAAGGUGUCCAUCUCUGCGUGCGGCGCGCUCAUGACGCCGCCGCUGCUGCGAAACAGCGGGCUCAAGAACCGCCACAUCGGCCGGAACCUUCACCUCCACCCGGUGUCCAUGGCGUGGGGCUACUUCCCGGACAGCACGGCGGAGCUCCCGGGCAAGUGCUACGAGGGCGGCAUCAUCACCAGCAUGCACCGCGUCACCGACCGCACCAUCAUCGAGACGCCGGCGCUCGGCCCGGGCGCGUUCUCCGCCGUGGUGCCGUGGGAGUCCGGCCGCGACAUGAAGGAGCGGAUGCGCCGGUACGCGCGCACGGCGCACGCGUUCGCGCUGGUGCGCGACCGCGGCGCCGGCGCCGUCGACGGCGAGGGCCGCGUCCGCUUCUCCCCGAGCCGCGACGACGCCGAGGAGCUCCGCGCCGGCCUCCGCCGCGCGCUGCGCAUCCUGGUGGCCGCCGGCGCCGCCGAGGUGGGCACCCACCGCAGCGACGGGCUCCGCCUCCGGUGCAAGGGCGUGCGCGACGCGGACGUGGAGGCGUUCCUCGACGAGGUGACCAUCGAGAAGGGCCCCAUGUACCCGGGUUCCGACAAGUGGGCCAUCUUCUGCUCGGCCCACCAGAUGGGCAGCUGCCGGAUGGGCGCGAGCCCACGCGACGGCGCCGUCGACGGCGCCGGCGAGAGCUGGGAGGCCGAGGGGCUCUACGUCUGCGACGGCAGCCUGCUCCCGACGGCGGUGGGCGUGAACCCGAUGAUCACCAUUCAGUCCAUCGCCUACUGCCUCUCGAACGGCAUCGCCGACACCCUGUCGCACUAGUGAUCCAUCGAUCGAUUUGUUACUAUAUCUUCGUAUUUGUCGCCAAUUCUGUAACAGGAGUUGUAUCUUUCUUUCCUCAGACGGACCUCAGUUGAUGUGCUUUUCUACUGUGCAGAUGAUUUAGUGGAAUCUUUUUUUCCUUUUCCAAGAUAACGUGGUUGUAACGUGUUGAUUACUGGUUGGGACGAGAGACAAAUUUGCACUAGGCCCGUUCUA